GGUACGCUUGCGAAAGCACGCGAUUUCUAAACAAGUAAAAUGUAACUAAAAAUAUCGUAAUUAUUAUUUUGUUUAGUGAUAAAUUUAUGGUGCUAUUAUGUUAGAAAUGACGUUGUAACAGUGGAAUUGUGCUAUCAACGCUUCCCGGACAUAUAUCGACCUUGAAAACAGGCCAUCUUUAUCAUUAUUCCAUUCAUGGUCCCGUCACAAUGUUGUCUACGCUCGCUCAGCUCAUUACGCUCGCUCAGAUCGCUCUGCUCGCUUGCCUACCGCUGUCGCUCGCUUGUCCGCGUGACUGUACGUGUAUGCAACUAGCGGACGGCAGAGAUGGCAUGGAAUGCGAUUUAGAAGCAGGAACGGUCGCGGUUAAGGGCACUGUGAAUGUAGCUGUUGAGAUCCAGUGCAUGGACGGCUUCAAAAACCUAACAUGCUCAGAACUGCCGUCGCAUUCGUUCUCGAGAAAUGGGUCCCUAUCCAAGUUGAAGGUAUCCGACUGCGCCCUGGAACCCUUGCAGUGUUGGCUGGACAAGUUCGGAUCGAGCCACAUAGAAGUUCUUGUGCUGAACGAUGUGGCGAGCAUGUUGGAAGCGGAGCAUGUUAGCGGAUUUGUUGGCGUUAAAACUCUUCUUAUGUAUGAUGCUGCCGCCCAAAAUACCAUACCGAUUUCCGCUUUAACGGCCCUCCCAGAGCUUAGAGAAUUCCGCCUCAGGGGAGCCAAGUUUACCUCCCCACCCCCCCUGAGAGAUCUCCCCAAAUUGGUCUACUUAGAACUGGGCAGCGGUAUAGAGAGAUUGCGAGACGGCGCUUUUGAACUGAAAAGGCUGGAGAAACUACAUCUGUGGGGGAAUAAAAUAAUGGAAAUUGAGGAGAACAAUUUUAGAGGUUUGAACUCUUUAAAAGUCCUGUCUUUGGACAGGAAUCUGAUCAAGGCGCUCCCGAAUAAUGUUUUUAGACACAUCCCCAAUUUGGAAGAGUUCUCUUUCUUCGGGAACCCUGUGGAAGUCAUAGAAGAACAAGCGUUUAACGGUCUCGGCUAUUUGAAAACGAUCGAAGCGUUUGACAAUGGCGCGGCCAUGCGACUCUCCCCCCACUCUUUGUCCAACCUCCCCUCUUUGCGGAAGUUAAAAUUGGAUAAUUGUCAGAUUUCCAAACUACCUUCAGAUCUAUUCACAAACUCUUCUCAACUGGAAUCCAUAUCGCUGAAAAACAAUAAAAUACAAGAAUUACCUGAACAUUUGUUCCGAGACCAAAGUUCACUGACCAUUUUAGACUUGAGUGGUAACAAUAUAGCUGCGCUAAAUGAGAUGGUGUUUUGGCCUUUGGGCAGUUUGCUGGAGCUCAAUUUGGACAGGAAUCGUAUUGAAACACUCCCUCCAAAUCUACUCUCCGGCCUGUCAAAACUUCACACGCUGAAAAUCAACGAAAAUCAAUUAAAACAUAUACCGGAAUCAUCAAUAAGUCACGCUUUAUCAUUGAAAAAUAUACACUUGUCCAAAAAUCAACUCACGCUGAUUCCGAAUACGAUUCUGAAUCAGUAUUCAGAUACGAUUCUGAAUCAGUAUUCAGAAACGCCGCAAUCACCAUUCAGAAUGUUUUACAACACAUUGGAAGUGUUGGAUUUGAGUUACAACAAUAUAAGUCAAAUAUUUGACGAUUGGCGUUUCGUUUUGUAUCAGAAAAUGAGAAUUCUCAAUCUGUCGCGAAACUUGAUCACGGAUUUGUCUGACGCCGAUACGCAAUUCCUUUUGGACAACGAAGACUCCAUAAUUGACCUCCGUUACAACAACAUAUCCAGAAUAGUGUUAUUCAAUUCUAUAGGAUUCACCACAGACGAGGUCACAACAAAAACUUUACAUUCGACAAUAUUACUUGACCACAAUCCGUUCGUAUGCGAUUGUAUGAACCAGAAUUUCCUCUUAAAACUCCACAAUAAACUACCCUACUUCAACGAAAUUCCUAAACUGAACGUAGGCAACGCCAUCUGUGUAUCCCCGCCGAAACUAAAAGGCGAAUUGAUCAAUAGCAUAGAUCCUAAUAUAUUAACGUGUCAAUUGUCAAACGACUGUCCUGUCGGGUGUACGUGCGAAAUCAGACCGUCUACGAAACAUUUGGAACUUUUGUGUAAUACAAUGCCCGGUUCGAUGCCCGACCCGGCAAAAUACACAUUGAACGGCACACAACUUACGUUAACGAAUAAAACAGACAAUCUAGAAUUACCGAGUCACGUCGACAGACUAAUUUUGCGAGGUUUGAAAAUACAAAAACUUCCUCGUAUCCCACAAUCGGUGAGAUAUUUAGAUUUGUCGCAAAACGACAUUGACGAAAUACCAAUCGGGCUGCUAAUGAGGAACACGUCGCUGAAACUGAGCGGCAACCCGUUCUUGUGCGAUUGUUACCACGACGACGCCAUUCAAAUUUUGCAGGAUUAUAAUCGUUUCGUUUUGGACAAAGAUGACGUCAAAUGUUCCAAUGGACUCUCCCCGUGGCCUAUAGACGCGCCGAGAUUGUGUUCCGUACAGAGAGCUGCAAUACUCGGCGGUACAUUAGCUAUAAUUAGUGUAAUAUUCAUAAUAUUAGCCGGCGUUUACUACAGAUAUUCUAUAGAAGUGAAAAUAUUCAUAUAUUCGUGCGAGAAACUGCGCUGGUUGAUAGAGGAGGCAGACAUAGAUAAAGACAAAAAAUACGACGCGUUCAUAUCUUUUUCACAUAAGGACGAGAAAUUUGUCGCCGAGAAAUUAAUACCGAUAUUGGAAAGCGGUUCGAGACCGUUCAAAUUGUGCGUGCAUUACAGAGAUUGGAUUAUCGGCGAAUGGAUUCCCGCGCAAAUUGUGAAUUCCGUCGAACAAUCUAGAAGGACCAUUAUCGUUCUGUCGAAGAGCUUCGUCGAGUCUGUUUGGGGCACAAUGGAGUUCAGAAUCGCUCAUAAAAGAGCUCAACAAGAGAAAAGAACUAGAAUCGUAGUUAUUCUGCUAGAAGACGCCCCUCCACAGGCGGAUUUGGACGCGGAAUUGAGAGCUUACCUAUCAACGAAUACUUAUGUUAAAUGGGGUGAUCCCUGGUUUUGGGAGAAGUUGCGUUAUGCUUUAGCUGGGGGGCGAGUCAGUUCUAAAGUUAAACAUGACAAGUUGCAAAAAGGCGGGCUUAAUGCUAGACUGAAUAGCGACGGACAAAUCGUGAACGAUGUCAAAGAUACAAUUUCGACAGAAUUGUCGAUAAGUUGAGUUGUAACGUUAAUAAAACAGUUUAAAUAAUGUUACAAAGUUGAAGAUGGAGUGUUCAAAAUUAUUACUGAGUCGUAAGAAACUGGGUUAAACUAAAAAAAUAUUUUCGCAUACGGAAGAGCUUUCCUUUGUGAUAACUAGUUUAACGAGGCGGCCGUUUACAAUAAUGUGACGAAUUUAAAAAAAAAAAAAAAUAUUUUAGAGAUCUGAUUUUGUAAAAAAAAAGUAUUAAAUUAAAUAAGUAUAAAAAAUAUAACUUAUUUGGAUGGUGUAAUCUGUUAUAGGUACAAGACUUCGUUAGAAUCUCAAAUAAUAAAAAUAAAUAUGUAAGUAACUAGGUACUUAUAAUAUUUUUAGUAAAUAAAGUCCAUAUUUUAUACCAUACUUGUUCGCUUACAGUAAAAAACUUUACUUACUCUUAAAUGAAAGAAAUAUAAGUAUAUUGUAAGACUGUACAUUUGAAUUUUAUUUGGUUUAUAUAUGCAGCUUUAUUCUUCAAGACAGUAAUAUACAAAAAGAAGUAGGUAUAAAGAAUUUGUUUUAAGUUUUAUUACUAGUCUAAAUUUUAUAAGGUUUACUUUUUAUAAUCUGUGUAUAAUUUUUUCCUUCAAAACACGAACAGCUUGUCCUUGAUCAACUCUCAAACUCAUGACCAUGUCAUGACAUAAAGCUGAGUGGAACCUUUUUGGCAGCAUAUUAGUUAGAAUAAGAUUUUUGAAGUUAUGUUUGCUCCAAUAAAUAAUUUCGUUUCUUUCAAACCGAAGUACGUAUUAAUUCGAAUUUUUCUCGAAUAUUGUAAGCACCGAUAAUAAUAUUAUAUAGAUUGUAAGUUGAAUGUUAAAACGAGGACUGAUGAAAACUUGACGCUGGCAAAAAUAAGCUCUUAAAGUAAGUAGUUUAAUUGCCAUAAUGAAAAUAAAUAAUAAAACUACGUACGUACUUCAUAAUUAAUUGUAAAUACAUCUCCAAUUUUUAAUUUAUCUAGCCGCCCGUGUCAAGAAUAUCCAAACAAAAAAAAUCAAGAAAAGAAAAAAAAAGAAAUAUGUAGUACAUUCUUUCGGAGAAUAAGAUAUAAAAUCUCUGGUGCUUUUUAGACUACAUAUAUGUUGUACCUACUGAUAUUACGCAUGAUAAUCUCUUUGUAAACAUGUUUUAUACGUAUAUUAUUAAACUGUUGGUAAUAAAAAUUAAAUGUUUGUAAAUAUUGUUUUUUUGUUAAUUUUAAGUUUUUUUUUUUAUUAUAACAAAA